GGUCGCGGCUGCCCGCCGCUUUUCCCUUCUUCCGUUGCGGCCUCGCUAUAAAAACCGUCCGUCCAGUCCGCGCCGCGGCCGCGCACGGCGAACCCGAAUCCCGAGCACAGGCCGCCGCUCGCUCGCUCGCUGCAGCUACGCACGCACGCGCCUGCUCCUCCCCUUAGCUUCCACAAGGCUCGACUCGGCCGGCGGCGAUGGCGCGGAAGAAGAUCCGGGAGUACGACUCCAAGCGCCUCCUCCGGGAGCACCUCAAGCGCCUCGCCGGCAUCGACCUCCAGAUCCUCUCCGCGCAGGUCACACAGUCAACGGAUUUCACUGAGCUUGCAAACCAGGAGCCGUGGCUCUCAUCUAUGAAGUUGGUUGUGAAACCUGACAUGCUCUUUGGGAAACGUGGGAAGAGUGGGCUUGUGGCCCUCAACCUAGAUCUUGCCCAAGUUCGCCAAUUUGUCAAGGAGCGGUUGGGAGUUGAGGUCGAGAUGGGUGGCUGCAAAGCUCCAAUUACAACCUUCAUAGUUGAACCAUUUGUGCCACAUGACCAAGAGUACUACCUUUCGAUUGUAUCUGAAAGGCUUGGCAACACCAUUAGUUUCUCAGAAUGUGGAGGUAUUGAGAUCGAGGAGAACUGGGACAAGGUUAAGACUAUCUUUCUUCCCACAGAGAAGCAAAUGACACCUGACGCAUGUGCUCCAUUGAUUGCCACCCUGCCAUUGGAGGUCCGCACAAAGAUAGGUGGUUUCAUUAGAGCUGUAUUUUCUGUUUUCCAAGACUUGGAUUUCUCAUUUCUUGAGAUGAACCCAUUCACCUUGGUAAAUGGUGAACCGUAUCCUCUGGAUAUGAGAGGAGAACUAGAUGACACAGCUGCUUUCAAAAACUUCAAUAAGUGGGGCAAUAUUGUGUUUCCCCUACCAUUUGGAAGAGUUCUCAGUCCCUCCGAAAGUUUUAUCCAUGAACUGGAUGAGAAGACAAGUGCUUCUCUGAAAUUCACGGUACUGAACCCAAAAGGACGCAUCUGGACAAUGGUUGCAGGUGGUGGUGCUAGUGUCAUAUACGCAGACACUGUUGGUGAUUUGGGAUAUGCUUCGGAGCUAGGAAAUUAUGCAGAGUACAGUGGAGCUCCCAAGGAGGAGGAGGUUCUGCAGUAUGCUAGAGUGCUUUUGGAUUGCGCUACCUCUGAUCCUGAUGGCCGUAAGAGAGCCCUUCUAAUCGGAGGAGGAAUCGCUAACUUCACAGAUGUUGCUUCUACAUUUAGUGGCAUCAUUCGGGCUUUAAGAGAGAAGGAGUCCAAAUUAAAGGCUGCAAGGAUGAACAUUUAUGUCCGGAGAGGUGGUCCGAACUACCAAACUGGACUCGCCAAAAUGCGCACCCUAGGCGCCGAACUUGGCGUUCCAAUUGAGGUCUAUGGACCAGAGGCGACCAUGACUGGGAUCUGCAAAGAAGCCAUUGAUUGCAUCAUGGCCGCGUAAAUCACAAAUGUGGUUGUUCCAUUUGAAGUCACAUCCGUUUUGUACUAGACGUUCCUUGUACGUGAUUGCUCUGGUAAAACAGAGAACGAUCAUUGUCAUGAGUAAACUCGGCCUUUGUAACACAGUUACGCAAGUAAUAAUUAAGAUCUUGGUUUGGUGC